UCAGGGAAGUGCUUGCUGAUAUUCAGAACAGGAACAACUUUCACGGCUUAGAAGCGCCCAUCCGGAUACCAGUGAGUAGCAAUGUUUACAACAAUAUAUGUAGCUAGCUAAAGAUCUAGUGAUGUAGAAACUGUAAUCGAAAAAGCUACAUUGCAUGACAGUGUUCUUCCUGUGACAAAAUUGAACGGGGCACCUAGCUAUUUUCCAACGGACCAUACUGACCCCCUAAGACAGCAGAUGCUGUUUAGCUGGCUAGUUUAUACAGAAGACAUUCAUAAAUUGUGCCCCUGUGGAUCAAACCAGAACAAAGAUUAACUUGAAUAUGGAGCAAAGAAGUGAGGUUACUGCAGAAGUUACCUCAGACCAUGACAGCGAGAAUGAUGGGCAAUUAUUUGAUGAAAAAAUGAGCUGUUCAUCCUGCAAAUUGCAAAGAGCGAAGGAAAACGAAGAAAUCAAGCGUCUAAAACUGGAGAACAAACAACUAAAAGAUGAAUUGGCCCAGUAUCAGGGUAUGACCAACAGUGGGUGCCCUAAUGCCUGCCCUAUUCAAGCACCAAACGGCAACAACAGUACGGACGGAUUGCUGGGAACAAGGUCGUGUGGACAAAACGAGGAGACAGGGGCAAUGAAAGGAAGCUCAGAGAUGAGCAAGAAAAAUGACAGCACUCAGAUGAAGAGUGUGUUAUGCCCGGACAGCACCAGUCCUGGCUGCAAGCAGGAGGACCUGAUCAAACUUGGAGACGAAACGCAGUGCAAACCCUCCACUUCUGGUGCUGCGUCUGACUGCAAGCGACCGGAAGCAGGCCCCAAAGCGGUCGCGGAAGGAUAUGACGACUUUAAAUUUGGUGAGAGCUGCCCGCUGUCGGAGCUGAAGACCGAGCCAAGAUGUCACAUGCAGCUGGACAAGCUGUCAUUCAGCGCGUCUCACACCGUCCUUGUGGAUGUGGUUCGUUUCAAUGAAGACGGAAGCCUCAUUCCCAAAGCAGGGCAGCAUGUGUGGGACAACUUGUCAGUGAAAAUGCCUUAUGCUGAGGAGUGCACGCUGACCAAGCCUGGCAUUUUGUUGCAGGCCAAGAAACAGUCCCGCUGGGAAGAUAUCGAGAAGUACCUACACCGCCUGGUGAAGAUCUCGUCGUUGACCACUGCAGAUGUUGAGAAAACUAUAAAGAAGUACAAUCCAAAAUACAAAGAUGAGUGGUCCUUUGAUGCGCUUCACAGAUUUUUUGAGAGUAUACACCUUAAAGAGAGGGAAACCCACACUCGCACACUCAGAAGAAUGGCGGAGCUGGCCCUAAAGCUGCCUCGUAACUGCCAAAAGAGCGUUCCCCUGCUCCGGCAUGGACAGAACCAUUCCAUCACUGUAUCUCAGAUGCAGAUCGCCUGUCUGCUGGCCAACGCCUUCUACUGCACCUUCCCCCACCGAAACGCCACGCACCCUGGCGCCGAGUAUGCCAACUACCCCACCAUCAACUUCCACAGCUUGUUCGGCAAAUGGUCAGAGCGGAAGAUGCAGAAGUUCAAGGCCAUUUUUAACUACUUUGAAGUGGUGACUGGCGAAGAAAGACAGGUGCCCAGAGGCCUGGUCACCUUCACCAGGCAGUGCAUUCCGGACUAUAAGUUCCCGCGCUGGAGAAGCCUGACUGAAACUCUGACUAAACUGCACAUCUCCUCGAGAGGAACCAUUGAGAAGGAUGGGCAGGGCAUGCUUCAGGUGGACUUUGCUUGUAGCGUGGUGGGCGGAGGGGUGCUGGCAUCUGGCCUGGUCCAAGAAGAGAUCCUCUUCCUGAUCAACCCUGAGCUGAUCGUGGCCCGGCUCUUCACAGAGAAACUGGGGGACACCGAAUGCCUCAAGAUCACAGGCUCCCAGCGAUACAGUGAAUACGUUGGCUAUAGUGAUGACUUUUUCUGUCUCGGACAUCACAAGGACGAAACAUCAAGAGACGAAUGGAGGAGGCGGUACAGACAGAUCGUCGCCAUUGACGCUCUGAACUUCAAAAAUCCCAGAGAGCAGUUCAACAUGAAGAAGGUGACCCGAGAACUCAACAAAGCCUACUGUGGGUUCAUGGGAGAAACUAACACACACCCGGACUACUACCCUGCCAUUGCCACAGGCAACUGGGGCUGUGGGGCCUUCGGCGGUGACCCGCGACUCAAAGCUCUUAUCCAGAUGAUGGCUGCCGCCGUGACUCGGAGGGACAUGGCCUACUUCACUUUUGAUGACAGCCACCUGGAGCUGGACCUACGGAAGAUCCACCACUUCCUGACCACGCACAAGGUCACUGUGGGUCGCCUGUACAACACGUUGGAGAAUUUCUGCAGUGCCUUAUACUCGAAUGAGGCAAAGACCUCCGACCUGUACAGCUUCAUCAUGAAGUCUGUGAAAGAGACCACCAGCAGACACUGACCACUGCUCAGCCAAACCAGCAGACUGUAUCUACACAAUUAAACCCUGCACUGUCUGUAACAAUGAAGUUUUGGAAAUCUGCCGAUUCGUUCAACACUAUGUAUACAAAUUUAUCAAGUGGCGAUUGUAGACAUACUAAAUGACUGCAAAUGUAUGUAAAAUAAACAGAUCAGUAGUUAUGAAUAUAG